GUGCCAGCUGGCUACAAGAAUGUGGGGCCACUUAUGUUCCACUUCCACCUUCGAAUUUCCAGACUCUCUCUGUGUUUUCAGAAUCAUCGGGAGGAAAAGGAAAAAAAGAAAAGGAGCUUCCUUGCAACCCGAAAAUCGCAGCGGUUCUAUCCAUUUUGUAGUAGUUAUACGUACAAGUAAUUGAUCGUUGGGUAAGCGGCGGAUUUGUGUAGAAGAUAUUGGCAAUUGGGUUGAAUAGUGGAGAUCCAUUUGGAUUUUGAUCGAAGGGCUGUGGAGAAUGGCAUGCAAAGGGUGCUUGGAGUGCCUAUUGAAGCUUCUUAACUUCUUGUUGAGCCUUGUGGGUCUGGCCAUGGUUGGCUAUGGGAUUUACUUGCUGGUCGAGUACGAAAGAUCUACCAGUAACACCCUUAUGGCCUCAGAUGUGAGAGGCGAUGAAAGCUUGAUACUGCUCGGCCGACCACUGCUUAUGGGUGUUUCUCUGUCAAGUAGUAUUUUCGAUGACCUGUCGAAAGCUUGGUUCAUAUACUUAUUUAUUGCUAUAGGAGUUAUUCUCUUCGUCAUCUCUUGUUUUGGUUGUAUCGGAGCUGUGACACGCAAUGGAUGCUGCUUGACUUGUUACUCAGUAUUGGUGAUCUUAUUGAUCUUGGUAGAGCUGGGAUGUGCAGCCUUCAUAUUUUUUGACAAAAGCUGGGAAGAAGAAAUUCCAACAGACAGCACUGGAGAUUUUGACUCGAUAUAUGACUUUCUGAAAGAGCACUGGAAAAUUGUAAAAUGGGUUGCUCUUGGAGCUGUUGUUUUGGAGGCACUCCUAUUCUUGUUAGCGCUCGUGGUCAGGGCAGCAAACAGACCAGUAGAAUAUGACAGCGAUGAUGAGCUCAUUGCCCCAAGGCAACAGAUUAGGCAGCCAUUGAUCAAUAGGCCGCCAGUGCCAGCUGCAGGUGUACCUGUUGCCAGCACCCUCGACCAGCGUCCAGGUAGAAGUGAUGCGUGGAGUACACGCAUGAGAGAAAAGUAUGGACUGGAUACUUCCGAGUUUACCUACAACCCGACCGAGUCACACAGGUUCCAGCAGGUUGCCACGCAGCCAGCCGAAGAAAGGAGCCGUUGCAGCAUCAUGUAGUGAGUUUGAUAAAUUUUGUUGGGUUGGUCUCUGAAGACGGCUGUCAUGGGCAAUUAUGUUUUGUGAUGUUUGAGGUUCUUUUCUUGUUCCCCAACAUUCUCAGACUCACCCGUUUUUGUAAUUCAAAAACAAAUUGAUCUUCUUGUCA